GUCCCCACCAAAAAAAAAAAUUGUUUUAAAUUUAAUUUACUCUUCAAAUUUAAACCCAAAUCCAAACCAAUUAAAAUUAAACUUAUCCAAUACUAUUCAACCCAACCCAACCCAACUCAUUCCCUUAAAUUUAACCCUAACCCUAACCCUAAUUCAUUUCUCCAUUGUAAUCACUCUCACUCUCGCCUUCUCAGAUCUCAGUUUUUGCCUCUGGUCUGUUGCUCAUGAAUCUGCUUUGCUCUGCUGCUACUCACGAGUCCUUCUGCUCUGCUGCUGCUCGCUAUGCUGGCUGGGGCAAAAUCUGCCUCUCGUCAAAAAUCCCCAUAGGGAUCCCCGUCCCCGUGAAUCGCAGGAAUGGGGAUGGAGAGGGGGUCCCCGGCCUCGCGGGGCCCGUUGCCAUCUCUAACAAUUAGCAAGUCAUGUUAUUGGUCUCAUAAAAUCGUCCUGUAUAUUCGUCCUCCAUAUCAUCACCCAAAAAGUAAAUAUUAAAAAUACUUUUGAUUUUUUUUUUUAAAUAAACAAGCUAAUUAAUGCAGGGAUGAAUCAAAAAAUAAAUUGAUGUGCAUCUAUUAAUUUUGAUAUCACAUGGCUUUUGUGACUCAUUACUAUUUGAGUGCAUUGAUUUGGAAAAGAAACAGCCUUAGUAAGAAUAUAUAAUUAUUAAGACCAACUAUUAUUAAUAACUAAAACCUUUUGAGCAUUUUUAGAUUCAUCUAGAUCUUGUCUUAGAAAGUAUUUGGUGCAUUUAGUCCGGUCAUAUCAGUAUCAUAACUGUUAUCCUUUAUAGGUGCGACGCCUUGCAUAAAGCUUAAUCUAAACUCUCUAAAGUGUCACCCUUUGGUUCGGACUUCGGAGAUGGCAUGCGGUGACAGUCGGCCCAUGUCAUUUAACAUAUACAGUGCUUAAGGGUUUGUUUGGAUUAGCAUUUCAAAUAACCUCUUGACCAGGUUUAAGUGAGGGAAAUUAGAAUUAAGCUCAAGGUCAUUUCACAUUGUGGUUAAGUUUCAUUUUUGCUUUGUCACUUUUCUUGAGGGUUUACUUCCUCAUCAUCAAUCCAUUGUAAACGCACAUACAAAAUUGGCAACUUUAGGGGUUCCUUGUAUUAUGAAGAAGCAAUAAAACUUGGAAAUUAGA